AUAUGACUUUUAUGCAUGGUUACCCAACAUUUUUAUGCAUUAUUUUGCUGACAAUAUUGCAUGAAAAUAUUGUCCCUGUUCUCACAUUAAUUUAAUGUCGAAGGAAUGUUGAGCCGGCUUUUUUUGUUAGUUUUUCUAUAUUUUACAUGCAUUUUCUAAGCACCUGCCAAAAAUCAACGAAAAAUAAUUGGUAGCAGAUAGUAUACUAGGUGUUAGACUUUUGGUACAUAAUUUUGGUUUUUCUGUUGUUUUUCGUUAAGCUUGUUACGGGUGUGGAUAGGGGGGCCGACUAUACAAAAACAUAACAAAUCCCAAUAUCGUAUUAUUUUGAAUUUUAUUUUUAGAUUAAAAUAAAUAAUGAAUAACAGAGAUGUUGUUAGAUCUAUAACAGAUAAUCCUGCUGCACAUUAUGAAGCUUUUUUGAGAUUUCUUCAAUCUACCCAGCCUACCACAGCAACAUCUUCAUCUGCAAUUAGUGCUCUAGUUCCAUCCUCAAUUGCAUUGAGUGUUCCAUCUACAUCUGGAAUAAUUGUUACAUCUUCAGCUGCUACAAGUGUCCCACAACCUCCACAACAAUCAACACAACCUUCUGCUGAGCUUACCUAUGGUGCCUAUAGAAGAUAUAGGGACCAGCACCCUGGACCGAUGAGCGAUCGAUCAUUUUUGCGGUGGGUCCGGUUAGGAGGGAAUGAUGGUGAGUCACUCAGCUGGGCCUAUCAUCCUCCUAACAGGGGUGCUGGAAGCUCCAGCAGAAGAGGAAAUUGUGGAGGAGGUCGUGGGCGAAGACGGAAUGGUGGCGGCCUUGUUGUGAAUGGUGGCAUCCACUAUUACUAGGCGCCACCACUCCUUUAUUUUUUUUUUAAAUAAAUAUAUAACAUUA